AACACAGGCAAAAUGUAUCGAAAAUAUACUGGAGUAUUGGCCCUAUUGGGCUUGCUAUCCCUAGCUGCAGGAUAUAGAAUAACAUCCAAUGUUAUGGACGGAGUGCCUAAAUUUAUCAACAUAAAUCCAGCGCCAUUCGUAAAGAUCGGCGAUGGUUACUAUUAUAUCGAAACGAAGCUGGAGAGUAACUGGUUUGAUGCCUACGAAGCGUGCCGACGAAUGGGCGCUGAAUUAAUCGCGUUCGAGACCAUAGAGGAAUGGGAUCUGGUCAAUAAGUAUCUCAUAAAAAAUAAUAUCUAUGCUAUAUAUUGGACCUCAGGCAACGAUUUGGCAAAUGAGGGCAAACAUGUUUGGCACUCAACAGGAGAGCCGCUGACAUUGAAGAUCUGGUAUCCGGGGGAGCCAAAUCAUCAGAAUGGUGAGGGGCAGUGCGACGAAUUGGGAUACCGGGGGACUAGCACAAAUUAUAAUGUUUUGAAUGAUAGACGUUGCUCAUUCAAAAGCCGCUACAUUUGCGAGGCACCGCAGCCAAGGACAGCCUCAUUUAUUAUAUGGUGAAAAGAUAUGUGAAAACUAAAAAACUUAUUUUGGGAAAUCUUUACAAUAAAAAUUGAUUGAAAUAAAUUUAAA